AUGAGGGGUGUGACAGAACCAACACUAUAUGGUAUAGGAUGUAGCCAUAUAAUGGUGGCCGGUCUUCCUCCCCUUGGCUGUGGACAGGGCCAAUCUCAGUUCUCGACAUGUUUAGACCCUAGAUAUUCAGAUUCUCAGACUUAUAAUCAGAAACUUGUAGGGUUAUUACCCAAAAUUCAGGCAACACUUCCAGGCAGUAAACUUGUUUAUGCAGAUCUAUUUACCCCAUUUGUGGACAUGAUCAUUAACCCAACGAAGUAUGGUUUUUUGGUGACUACCAGAGGAUGCUGUGGGACUGGAACUUAUGAAACUGGUCCACUUUGUAGUCCUGUCAGUAGUGUAUGUUCAAAUCCUGCCCAGUAUUUGUUUUGGGAUUCACUUCAUCCAACUCAAGCAGCCGCAGGUUACAUAAGUCAGUACCUGCAUACCAAUUCUCUUUCUCAGUUUUAG